CAGGCGGGCAGGCUCGUUGGCUCGUAGCUGUCGCGUAGCGCGCUACGAAACUUUAGCAUUGCAUUUUUUUAUAAUUAAUAAAAAACCACACGUUCCAUCGUUUUAUAUUAUAUGCGUUAGAUAGGUUUAAUGUGCGUUUUUAAAAAGUAGGAGAUUUCUAUAUUAUGUUGGAAUAAUUUAGAAAAUCUUAUGUUAUUGAAAUCAUUUCUAUUUUGUAUCUAAUGCUAUAUUAGAAAACAAUAAUAAAAUGUCCGACGAUACAAAAUCAGCGUCAAUGAACGCAUCUUCCUCUCGCUCGUGGUUCCGUACAGCUGAUGAUGUUAAAAUUGAGUUUGGAUUUGGAGUUCCGCUUGGAGCAAUGUCGGCUCAUCCCACUUUUCAUUCUGCGUGGGAUAUUGGCUGCCCCAGUUCUGGCUUCCACCACAUGGCCCGCAUGAUGGACCGAAUGAUGGUGGAAAGCAUGCAACCGUUCGGCUUUGCAAGAAUGACGACCAGACGUGGUUCAGACAAGGAAGAACCUCCGAGAGAUGGCCUGAGAUCUGAUAAAAGUGAAGCUAGAAGAGAACGUGCUAAAAAUCCUCAAACCCAUAACGGCAACGGAACCAGACAUCCUCCAACACAAGUGGUUCGACCAAUUCCAGUUAACAAAUUCCAAGAAACGCCAUUAGAUCAAGCGAAACAAACGGACCCUACAACCGAGAAAUGGGCAGGUACAUUACGUAAACGUGAUCCUAAUCUUCAACCCUCCUUACCUUCAAUUGUAUCGCGAAAAACAUCUUCAUCAUCUAUGGGCAGUGGUAGAAAAACUAGAUCAGUCGAACGAACACCGAGAAGGCGACACCUUAUACCGAUUAAACCUAUUGUCCGGAAAGGCGACGUGUCUGCUGAUGGUGAUGCGAUAUUGGAGAGGGAUGAAAGAGUUUUUGAUGCAACAGGAUAUGAAAUUCAUCUGGUUGAAACGCUGGAAAGGGAUAUAUUGCAAAAAAACCCGGACGUACGCUGGAAAGAUGUGAUCGGGUUAGAUGACGCAAAAUCAGUUUUACAAGAGGCAAUGGUUUUACCGCUCGUUAUGCCCGAUUAUUUUAAGGGUAUUCGUCGACCUUGGAGAGGAGUUUUGUUAACAGGUCCACCCGGCACAGGCAAGACUUUGCUGGCGCGAGCUGUCGCAACCGAGUGUCGAACCACCUUCUUCAACGUAUCAUCUGCUACAUUGACAUCUAAAUAUCGAGGGGAUUCUGAGAAACUUGUUAGAUUACUCUUUGAUAUGGCCGCCUUCUACGCACCCAGUACGAUAUUCUUAGAUGAAGUGGACUCACUUUGUGCGAUGAGAGGGGCGGACUCUGAGCACGAAGCUUCUCGACGAUUCAAGGCUGAGUUACUGAUUCAAAUGGAUGGAUUAGCUGCACCCUUUAACCAAGACAAAGUGGUUAUGGUGUUAGCAGCCACGAAUCACCCUUGGGAUAUCGAUGAGGCGUUCAGACGUCGCUUUGAAAAAAGGAUAUACGUCGGCCUUCCUGAUGAAUCAACUCGUGUCAAACUAUUGAAGCUUUGUCUACGUGAUGUUGUGUUGUCCAAUGAUGUCGACUUGCCCGAAUUAGCUGCAAAGUUAGAUGGCUAUAGUGGUUCAGAUAUUUGUAACUUGUGCAGAGAUGCAGCUAUGAUGACCAUGCGUCGUAAAAUUGCGGGAAAAACACCUGAACAAAUCCGUCGCUUGAAACGAACUGAAUUAGAAGCGCCAAUAUCUAAAGCAGAUUUAGACACUGCUAUUGAGAAAACAAGGCGAACAGUGACUCAAGCAGAUGUAGCGCGUUACUCAACGUGGAUGCAGAAGCACGGUUGUUCCUAGCAUAGGGCUAAAGCGCUUAGAGCGCUUCUUCGACUGUUAAGAACCUCUUAAACUGCCUGUGUUAAAGAAAGGACAAGAAAAUAUUAGGUUCCAAAGUCGAUCUCGUGAUUUAUAAACUUUUAUACGUAUUAUAAUAAAAUCGUGGUGUAUUUGAUAGUUAUUGUUAUUUGUAAAUUAUAUGGAUUUUCUACGAUAUACCUACGUAACUCUAGGAUACUGUUUAAUAUGGUAUAUGAUGGUCUAGAUAUAGAAAUUGCGUAAAUAUGUAUUGACGUAAAAUGUAUACCUGUUUGGUAAGGAAGCAAAAUAGUGUCUUGCUUAAAAUUUAAAAUUUUCUAUGGAAUAAAAAUUUUAAGGCGAUGAAAUAUUGUUGUGAUUUGUUUGUGAGUUUAAUAAUUGUGCUUCUGUAGGAAUGUGAUUUGGCUAAUAUAAUAUUAAUGUUUAGUAAGAAAACUACAAAAUAGAGCCCUACCUAGGUUGAAGGUAUUCCGUUAAUCUACUGCCAUAAUGUUAACCUAAUCUAAUCUAUGCAUAUAAUAAUUCCGCUAUUGUAAAGGGCUUAAAUAUUUAUAUUGUCAUGUAACUUAUAACUAAAUAAUAGUUUAAUAUAAUUCCCCAUAAAACAAUUUCAUCUUGUUUAUUUGGUUUAUAAUAUUAUAUUUAUUCCUGCUGCUGAUGUUUAACCUGCUUUUAUUACACAUUUUAAUAAUUGUUACUAAAUUAAAACUAAACAAAAAUAAAAUCAGGCUCAAAAGGGAUUGAAAUAAUAAACAAUUUAAGAUAAGAUUUAUUUAUUUAGGAAUGGUGUAGAUGUAUUUUGUUUUAUACAUUUCUUUUAAAAUUAUACAUGUUAAAGAGAGUUCUACUAAUGUCAAUAAGUUCGAAUAAAGGUUGUUCUUA